AGAAAGUUACUAACUGUCUUCAAAGUCUCAUGGGGAGUCAAGUGUCACAACAAGAGCUGCAACAAGGGCUUAUUCCCAUCAUUGGAUCUUCACAUGACCCAUCACUUGCAAGUUUGUUGAACCAAGGGGCUGGUGGAAUUCGAAGUUCAAGUAUUGGUUUGACAUCAAUUAUCGGUGGUGACAGUGCAUCAUUGCACAAUAAUCCAAUGGAGGAAAGUCUAGAUUUUCAGAAUCAGAAGUUACUGAUGAAGGGUAUUGCAAGUACUGCAACGAGAGAACUGGCUAAGCUUCUGCUCUACAAUGAGCCCUUUUGGGUCCUCUCUUCAUCCCAAGAAGGGAAACUCACUCUUCAUCCUGAAAUAUAUGAGAUAUUUUUUCCUAAGAACAAACACUUCAUUGGUCCCAACGUGCGUGCAGAAUCAUCAAAAGAUUCAGUGACAGUCAACAUAUCUGGAAUGCAACUUGUUGAGAUGUUUCUUGAUCCGGUCAAAUGGGCUAACCUUUUCCCAUCGAUUCUUGCUAAAGCAGAAACAAUCAAAGUGUUUGAUAGCGGUUUGUCAAGCAAUCAAAAUGGAGCUUUGUUGUUGAUGUGUGGGGAAAUGCACGUUCUUUCACCUUUAGUGCAACCUCGCAAAUUUCAUUUUCUUCGCUAUUGUGAGCAUGUUAAGGCUGGUUUGUGGAUGAUAACAGAUGUGUCAGUUGAUCCCUCUAGACAACACAACCCUUUUUCUCGCUCUUGGAAACAUCCAUCUGGAUGCAUGAUUCAGGAAAUACCUGAUGGGAGUUGCAGGGUUUUCUGGGUGGAACAUGUGGAAGUGGAUGAGAUGCAAACACACCAGCUGUUUAGAGAUCUGGUUGAUACCAAGAUUAUAUAUGGAGCUGAAAGAUGGACAAAGGAGCUCCAAAGGAUGUGUGAGAGAUUUACUUGCUUUUCUGAAGAUAAGACACAGGAUCAUGACCAUAGAGGAGUGAUCUGUUCGAAUGAAGGGAAGAGAAGCGUGAUGAACCUCGCUUGUCGAAUGGUUAAGAUGUUCUGUGAAAGUUUAUCCAUGACAGGUUAUGAGAUGAACUUCCCAUCUUCAAAUAUGGAGAAUACUAGCGGGAUUAAGUUCUCUGUUCGCAAAAACACUGAAAUGGGCCAACCAUCUGGCACGGUUGUUGUGGCUACCACAACCCUUUGGCUUCCUCACCAUUAUCAGAAAGUUUUUGAGUUUUUAACUGAUAUUUCUAAACGCUCUCAGUGGGAUGUUCUUGCGGCUGAACAUUCAGUGCAUGAGAUAGGAAACAUUUUAGUCGGAGCUAAUCCUGGCAACUAUAUAUCACUUAUCCAGCCAUUGAUGUCCAAUACCGAGAACAACAUGGUGAUUUUGCAAGAGUGUUCUAUGGAUCCUAUGAGAUCGUAUAUUGUAUUUGCACCAGCUGAUAUACCAGCUAUGAAUGCGGCAAUAGGAGGCGGAGACACUUCAAUGAUACAAAUUCUCCCAUCAGGUUUUGUGAUCUCGACAGAUGGCCAAACAAAUAUUGAGAACUCAAGAGGGUCUUUGCUGACAGUGGCAUUUCAAAUACUUGUGAAUAGUCUGACUGCAGAUGAACUCCCAGUACUAGAUGUGGGAAAUGCGGGAGAUGUUUUAACCCUUUUGGACUCAAUAGUCGAGAAUAUACAUAGUGCUCUAAGCAGUUAUUAAUAGUUUGGAGUGCUAUUUUGGUUAUGUAGUUCUUUUCUAUCUCUUACUUCAUGGACAAAAGGUUUAUACAUUACCUUGUUUCCUUUGAUAAGUUUUCUUGACAUUCAAUCUUGAUAAUAUAGUACUCUUGUCCA